UGGUUGGGAAAAAUUCGAUUCCAACUUGAAUAUUAAUGUGGAAUUGAAUUCGACCGGAUUCAAAUUUAAUUGUUUGGAUGAGUUUUGAAGUUGAGUUGGAAAUUUAGAACUACAUUUAAACCCCAAUCAGAAGCCGAAACAGAGCGCAUAUCUACCCCGCAAUUGGGGAUUAGGGUUAGGGUUAGGGUUUGAGAUUCAACAAUGGCGACAACACAAAAGCAAGAGCAACAAGCACAGCAAGGGAGCUCGAAACCAAUGAUGAGGAAGCCAGUGUUCACGAAGGUGUAUCAGUUAAAGCCCGGCACCAGCGGUCACACUCUAAUUGCGAAUGUUUUGUCCUCUAACACCGUUUUGCACAAAGGUCGUGCCGCUCCUCAGAACCUCCGUCACACUUGCAUCGCCGAGUGUCUCAUCGGCGACGAGACGGGCACCAUCAUCUUCACUGCGCGUAACGAUCAAGUUGACGUGAUGAAACCAGAGACCACUGUAAUCAUUCGAAAUGCUAAGAUUGACAUGUUUAAGGGUUCUAUGAGGCUAGCUGUUGACAAAUGGGGCCGUGUUGAGGCCACUGAACCAGCUACGUUUGUGGUCAAGAAGGAUAAUAACCUUUCCCUUGUUGAGUAUGAACUGGUGAAUGUUGUUGAAGAGUGACUGGGAUCUCUUGCAAGUUAGUGUUUGGAUACAAAUGGUAUUUUAUGAACUUUAAAUGUCUGAUGAUUAGUUUUCUUGUGUCCCUUGCCCUGAGAUGCUCAUCAGGUGCAAUUUUCAUGUGAUGGUUGUUUGGUUUGGUAUACAUCUCACUGGAAACAGUUUGUCUUUCCCCUUGACAUUUGUGCAAUCUGGGAUUUGGUCAAAUGCCAGUUUAAGUAGACGGCAUGUAAAAAGGAUCAUCAUCACUUGUGUCCAUGGCAGUGCCCACCAAGCCUGUGAUGGUUGGGUAUCCAAAUGCUAAAAUUACAAUAUGUUUAUGGUUUUACGCCUUUGUUGGGUGGGAAUAUGUGCAGAUAUGUGUUGCUUUGUCUAUCUCCUGUUGGUGACUGUCAUUACCAGCAUGUUGGAAGUUGAUCAAUUAGCUUGUUAUAAUACUUGUAUUUACCAAA